AUGCGUUUCUCUGCCACCACCAUUGCUCUCUUCGCCGGCCUUGCUGCCGCCAUCCCCAACGGCGAGGUCCACACCGUCUACCAGACCGAGGAUGUGACCAUCACCUCUUGCGCUCCCACCGUCACCGACUGCCCCGGCCGUCAGACCUCCACUCCUGAGGGUGUUGAGCCUGUCACCACUGGCCCCGCUGUCACUGAGACUCCCAUUGCUCAGACCUCCUCUGCUGAGGUUCCUCCUGUUGCCGAGACCUCCUCUGCUGAGGUCCCCCCCGCUGUCCCUACCAGCAGCUCUCCUGUUAUCCCUGGAGUUCCCAGCAGCGGUGUUCCCCCUGUUCCCUCCAGCAGCAGCCCCGUCAUCCCUCAGCCUCCUAAGCAGCCUAGCCAGGGCACCACUGUCAUCGCUGUGACCACCUGCAUCCCCACCGUCACCUACUCGACCAUCACCGGCCCCGUUGGCACCCCCACCGGUGUCUCCCCUGGCAAGAGCUCUUCCGUCGCUGUGAUCGGUACCCCUGCCCCUAGCGGCAGCGCUACCCCCUCUUCCUCCGGCCCCACCUCUCUCUUCACCGGUGCUGCCAACACCGUCGGCCAGUCCUUCGGCCUUGCCGGUGCCGCCGCCGCCGCCGCUUUCUUCCUGGCCUAA